GUUUUUCGAUUUUUUUUUUCAUUCAAAUGAUAUCACAUUUUGUAACGAAGAAUAUGUACCUAUAAAUUACAAUAUUAAAUGCAAUGUUCUACAACCAAAAUUGUCGUAUUAAGCAUAAUAAUAUCUAAUAUUUUAUAGUAAUUUAUAAAUAACUAACUAACCUGCCUAGCGGUUGUUUGUAUCACACUAGUCGGUAUUUACUAUUUAAUUGGUUGAUCAUCUUGGCAGUGUACCGUUUGAUCAUUUUCAAUAAUAACAAAAAAAAAAAAUUAGAAAUCACGAGCACAGCGAAGUAAUCAAUUUAUCAGCAGACAUCGUACCGGACAGGAGCAGCAGAGAUGCGAGACAGCGCUGAGUUGACGGACUCACCGGAUGAGCAACCACUGCAGUUUCAACUGCGCGAAGACGGCGACGACAGUGACGUACUGCAGCGGCGGAUAGACCACAGCGGCGACGUGGCCGCCAUGGCAUGGUGCGACGCCCGGCUGCCGGCCACCGCGGCCAACAUCGCGGCCGCGACCGUCGGCGUGGGCUUAGCGUGGUCACUACUGUACGUGAACGUGUCGUCGGAGCUGAUGACCGUGCCCGGCGGCAGUCUGUCAUCCAUAUUCAUGUUGUACGUGACCGGCACGGUAGCCGGUAAGCUCAUCUACGAAAUCGUGGGCCUGCCCCCGCGGUUUGGCAUGCUAUUGGCCGGCAUCGCGCUCCAGAACGCCGGUCUGUACACCGUCACCGGAUGGUGUUCCCAACUGGUAUCCUUCAUCAGAGAAGUCUCACUUGCCGUGACGUUGAUCAACGGUGGACUGGAGCUGGACGCCUAUCAGUUGCGUCGCCUCAGUGGCGUCGUAGCCCGACUCACGCUGUUGCCGUGCUUAGCCGAAGCCGCCACCGUGGCUGUGGUCGCCUAUCUAAUUUUACCCGAUUUCUCGUGGCAGUGGAGUCUGGUUCUCGGGUUUACACUGUCUGCGGUUAGUCCGGCCAUAUUAGUGCCGAGCCUAUUCCAACUGAAACGUAUGGGCUAUGGUGAAGUAAAAGGCGUUAAUACUCUGUUGAUUGCCGCAUCGAGCCUGGAUAAUAUUGUGUCCAUCUGCGCAUUUCGGAUAGCAUUGGUUGUGCUUUUUCUGACUGGUAGUUUGACCUCUAAAAUAACUCAAGGACUCAUCGACGUAUCCAUAGGAACCGUGGCGGGAGUCAUAUGGGGUUUCUUUUUGAUUUUUGUGCCUCCAUCACCGUGGGCCGUGAUAUACAAAAAUCAAGAAACCGAAAACACCAACAAAUCGCAACGGUUGGACCGAUUGAUAACAGCUAAAAGGUCUUUCCUGCUGGGAGGUGGUGGUUUUCUAGCGAUGACCGGCAGCCGAUGGUGUGGUUAUCCUGUGGCCGGUCCAUUGGCGUGCAUCAUAUCGGCGUUCGUGGCUGGUACCGGUUGGAGGUGGAGAUUGAAAAUGCAAGCCCGCAAUAACCCAGCGAGUUCGGUAGAAGAAAAUUGCGAUGACGAGGACCUGUGCAGAGGAAAACCGGUCGAAAAGGUUUUUGAAUACGCAUGGACUGGUCUCCAGCCAUCCGUCUUCGCAUUUAUGGGCACCGACAUCAAAUUCGAACUGCUUAAGAAGUUGGACAUGGUCUUUGUCGGGUUACUUGUGCUCACGUUUGGAAUCGCAGUUCGUAUGAUUGUCACUACGUGUUCGGUAUUGGGCUCUGGAUUCAGUCGUAAGGAAAUCAUAUUCGUCAACAUUUCUUGGCUCCCCAAGGCUACGAUACAAGCUAUUUUAGCUCCAUUUGCCUUAAAUAUGGCAAGGCAAUUUGGAACGCCAGAAGACAUCGAAUGUGGAACUCGACUGGUAACCAUCGCCGUGCUCUCUAUUUUAUUAACGGCACCUAUAGGGGCGAUCGGCAUAAAACUAUUCGGUCCUAGACUGUUGCCCAGAGCCAAAUGACUGAUGCAAGUAUAGAGACAGCCGUGUAACUGUUGUUUUUUUAAUCUUAUUAACUUGAUUUAAUUAUUUUGAGAUAUUAAUACGUUUGCACAAAUGUAUAAUAUUUUUAAAAUUAAUUAUAUUAUAAACAUUUUAAAAUGUGA